UCUCAUUUCAAUUUUGAAACUCGGCGUCAGAGUAUCAAUGACUCUCCGAGCUUAGUUUAACGAAGAUCAUCGGCAUCGACUCAUCUCCUCUGAGAAUCCACCGCACAGUCUCUCUGCAUCUUCCCCAAAUCAUGGAGUUCACAGAGGCUUACAAGCAGACAGGUCCUUGCUGCUUCUCCCCAAACUCUCGCUACGUCGCCGUCGCCAAUGACUAUCGCCUCGUGAUCCGCGACACAUUCUCUUUUCAGGUUGUGCAAUUGUUUUCUUGCUUAGAUAAAAUAAGCUACAUAGAAUGGGCGCUUGACUCUGAGUACAUUCUUUGUGGCCUCUACAAAAAACCAAUGAUUCAAGCCUGGUCACUGACACAGCCAGAGUGGACUUGCAAGAUUGAUGAAGGUCCUGCUGGUGUUUCUUACGCUAGGUGGAGUCCAGACAGCCGUCAUAUACUCACAACCUCUGAGUUUCAGCUGCGGUUGACAGUUUGGUCUCUUUUGAACACAGCGUGUGUUCAUGUGCAGUGGCCAAAGCAUGGCUCCAAGGGAGUUUCGUUUAAUAAAGAUGGGAAGUUUGCUGCAAUCUGCACGCGGCGUGACUGCAAGGACUAUGUUAACCUUUUGUCUUGUCAGUCGUGGGAGAUCAUGGGUAGUUUUGCUGUUGAUACCUUGGAUUUGGCUGAUCUUGAGUGGUCACCUGAUGAUAGUUCUAUUGUGGUGUGGGAUUCGCCUCUUGAAUAUAAGGUUCUGAUCUAUUCUCCAGAUGGGAGGUGUCUGUUUAAGUAUCAGGCAUAUGAAUGUGGACUCGGUGUGAAGACGGUUUCAUGGUCUCCGUGUGGUCAGUUUCUUGCCAUUGGUAGCUAUGACCAGAUGCUACGGGUCCUGAAUCACCUUACUUGGAAAACAUUCGCUGAGUUCUUACACCUAUCAACUGUUCGUGCCCCCUGUUGUGCUGCUAUUUUCAAGGAAGUUGAUGAACCCUUGCAGCUCGACAUGUCUGAGUUAUCGUUGGAUGACAACUUUAUGCCAAGCAAUUAUGAUGCUUCGGAAGGCUACAUAAGUGUCAGGUAUGAAGUGAUGGAUUUACCAGUAGCACUUCCUUUUCAGAAACCUCUCGUGGACAAGCCUAACCCAAAACAAGGAGUCGGGCUUCUAGCUUGGAGCAAAGACAGCCAAUACAUAUGCACACGAAACGACAGCAUGCCAACUGCCCUAUGGAUAUGGGACAUGCAACGCCUCGAGGUUGCAGCCAUCCUGGUCCAGAAGGAACCUAUCCGAGCCGCUGUCUGGGAUCCAACCUGCACUCGCCUUCUCCUAUGCACCGGAAGCUCUCACCUCUACAUGUGGACUCCCUCGGGUGCGUUCUGUGUAUGCAGUCCCCUCCCUGGAUUCUCCAUUACUGACCUCAAAUGGAACAUUGAUGGAAGCUGUCUCCUUCUCAAAGACAAAGAUGCGUUCUGCUGUGCCACUGUCCCACCUCUUCCUGAAUCCAGCGACUACAGCUCUGAUGACUGAGGAUUCCUUAUGUAUUUCUUUGUAAAAGUUGCAGCCUUGUGUGUGUCUCAAUUUUAGGAGUGUUUUUUCCCCUCGACUUUUACUAGUUAUUGUUAACUAUUUUCAAUGUAUAAAAAGGUUUUCUUGAGUAACAAAAAAUACCGUUUAAGUU